UAAAUUUUAGUCUAGCUUAGCUUGGUUAGAAGUAACGUCGCGCAAAUUGACGUUACGACUCCGUCAUGCAUCACAGCCUAGCGCCAAAGUCAAAAUGCCCCCGCACAGUGUUUGAGUUUGGAUUUCUCUACAAUGCGAAACAAGCUCAAACGGGGCAGAAACUGUAAGGAUACACCCCGCCAAAGCAAAGACCAAAUACAAACCACCGAGGUAAUAUCUUUAGUGUUAUCGGAGUCGAGCUGCUACUUUGAUAAAACAUCACCAGAGGGAGGUUCAGCCUCGCUGGCUGCAAAAGACAAAAAUGGCUCUAACACCUCUGCUGCUGCUGGGAUCUCCCAACGAGUUCAGCCACUGCAGGAAAAGAAGAAGCAGACGUGCUGCGCAAAAGGCAUUAAAAUUGCGCCCAUUUUCUUACGGCAGAGCGAGAGUAAAAGGAGCAGUAAUGGUAAGCUGUAUCAGCCUGUAGAGAAGCCGCAGAAACCAGUUCCUCCUCAGAGGGAUGAUUUGCAAAGGGUGAAAAGUCAACGUCGGUUAUCAGUAUCUACAGUAUCUCAGCUGACAGAGAAAGAGGGGAUUAUUCUGUCUCCCUGGAGAGGACGGUUGUCACCCUCAUCUCUGCACAGCUGUCUGGAAGAAAUCAAAACAUCUAAUCCAGUAUUUCCAGUUCACACAGUGUUCAGCACGCUGCAGAGGAAAGCAAGUGAAAAACUGCGGGAUUUUGGAUCCACAGGUGAGACUGAGCAAGAGUCUGUUAAUAGUCUGUCCAAAGCAGAAAACUCCCUGCAGAACCACCUCAAAGAGAAGAGGAAACGAGGAGAAGAAAACUCUGAGGGGGUGUCCAAGCGUCUGAGGUGUAGUCUCACUGCAGAGGAUGCCAUUGGUGUGGAUCAAUGUCACCUUUUAGCACAGGGUGUCCAGGAAAGUACAGUCGUCUCUGUGAAGAAGCAGCCUAGGAGCAGAAAGCUGAGUCGCAGUCACAGGUUGAGGGAGCGAAGCGGGAGCAUAGCGGGCCUGGUGAACAACUGUGAGCCGAACUCUGAAUGGAGAAAUGACACAGAAUCUGAUGGCAAGCCACCCAUAACCUUUGAUAUUCUUCACAGAGAAUCCAGUUUUGAGGAUGUUCUCUGGACAGACAAGUACAGUCCUCAGCAUUCAAGUGAAGUCAUCGGCAACUCUGUCUCAGUGAACAAACUUCACAGUUGGUUGAAGAAAUGGAAACUACGAGCUGACUCUGACGAGAGGAGAAAAAUGGAGGAAAAGAAAGAUGAAGAUAACAGCAAUGACUCGUGGGACUGUGGAGACUUCCAAGGUGAGGCUGGGGCAGAGGGCGACAGAGAGGAUCCGCUAUGUAACACCGUGCUGAUAACAGGACCUCCAGGUGUGGGGAAGACUGCCUCAGUGUAUGCCUGCGCUCAGGAGCUUGGCUUCAAGGUGUUUGAGGUGAACUGCUCCUCACAGCGCAGUGGCCGCCACGUUCUGUCCCAGCUCAAGGAGGCUACCCAGUCCCACCUAGUGGAGACGUCGGGCAAGGACCCACUGAAACCAGCUUACCUCAACAACUACAAUACCAGCAGCUGCACUCCUAAAACUGAGACUUUACCUGGAAAAACAGUGCAUCCUAAAAAUGUCAUCUCUACCACAAAGAGGAGGACAGCACAGAACUUUGGCCGCUCUAGUCGCAGAGGAAAAGCUAAUCCAGCCACAGUCACUUUGGCCAACUACUUUAAGAUGAAGGCCAAAGCAGAUCACUUACACUUUGGUGGCCUGUCGCCAUCUGAGAAACUAGACGGGGAGAAAUUGGGCAGACCAUCAGCAGGCUGUGAUCAAACAGUGCCACAGAGUAAAAAGACAGCCACAUCACUCAUUCUGUUUGAAGAGGUUGAUGUCAUAUUCAGCGAUGAUGUUGGUUUCCUCGCAGCCAUCAAAACUUUCAUGACAACCACUAAAAGGCCAGUCAUUCUGACCGCCAAUGAUCCUUUAUUCAGAGAGAGAUUCAACUGCAGCUUGGAGGAAAUCAUUUUCAAAACCCCAACAGCGGUGAAUGUCUGUAGCUACCUGCAGCUGGUGUGUUUGGCUGAGAAUGUGCAACUGGAGUUGGAUGAUGUUAGCAGCCUCCUCACACUCACCUGUGGAGACAUCAGGCGCUGUCUGCUGCAGCUGCAGCUCUGGGUGCACGGUGGUGGAGGAAGGGCAUCUCAGAGUGGAGGCUUGCUUAAGGAGCCUACUCGUGUACAGUACUCAAAUGAUGCUGAAGAGGUAGACAAUUUAGACUCCAGUCUUCCUCCAUGUGACACAGGCUGCACUGCCAGCAUGCUCGGUCUCCAUCCUGUCACCCAAAACCAACUGUUGAACCUUUUAAAGUGUCAGCGCUGGUCUGAAACAGACACGAACAAGCUCCUGAGGCUCCUAGCUGAGAGCUGGAGAGGAGGGGUUCCUCUUCUCUACACCAACCUGGAGCUCCUUCUACCUAUCGGCACCAAGGGAACUUCAGUCCACUACCUGGACAAGGUGACUUGUUCUGGGCUGCAGAGUGAGCUGGCACCCUCUGACACUGAUCCUCACCUCCAGCAGCUCAAUCAAAAUAUCUGUCCCAAAUCUGUUAGGAAUAACUCCAGGCUUAGUAGAAAGAAAUAUAUUGCAAGAGUGUUUGACACUACAUCACCUUCCACUUUAACUCACAAACCUCAAAGCACUUCAUUGUCAUUAAAGGGGGCUCGUUCAAGACUCCCCAGUUCAAGUGACAAGACUGAACAAAAAUCAGCCCAAGUGGCAACUGACUGUUUAGAUGCCCUGACUGACUUCUUUGACCUCAUGUCGUACCUUGAUGCCACUCUGCCAGCUGCUGCAAAGCUUGUUUCAGGCUCAUGCAGCCCUGAGUCGUUUGUCUGGACAGGGGCAGAUAUAAAGGACGGCUUGUUGGAUGAGAUGAGUGAGGAGGGGGGCAGGAGCUGGAGCCAGGAGAGGCUGUCGGAUAUUCAGGCUGCUGCUGAAGGCUUGGGCUUUCACAGAUGCUGGUGGCGGGUGUCUGAGGUGAGGACUGAAGCCCAAAAAUACAGCCAGGAACUGGAGGACAAAGAGCGGGAGAGGCUGGUGGAGAAACUGAUGUUCCCCGCUGCUUCCAAAAGACAGAGCCUCAGAUUUAGUUUUCAACCUCUGUGUGCAUCAAGUGUGUCCCAAAGACAGUACAAGCUGAGCAGGACGGUGCUCAGCAGUAAAUCCUUCAGCCUGCUGGGAAACAGACAAGCUGUCAGUGUUGACUACAUGCCGGUUCUCCGCUCCAUCUGUCGCUUUCAUACAGCAAAGCAACUGAAAGAGGAGUCAGUCAGGUGUCUGAACUACCUCAGCAACUUACACCUGGACCUAUCAAAGUCAACUUUUCAACUCCUGGCAGAAGAUUUCUCUUAGAGAAAAAUCUGGACUACCACACCUUAUUCCUGUCAGUAUUUAUUUUACUAUGCAUCCAUUUUAGUGAACUCUUUUUCAAAUGAAUUUUACUCACUUGAGCUGUGAAAUCAGGUUUUAU